AAGUGAGAGCUUCCUGUUGAGUCAGUGAAGAAAGAAGAGAGGCAGCAGUGAACCAUCAACCAACAUGAAAGUCUGUCCCACUCUGAUCUGCUUCCUCCUCCUCUCAGCUCUGCUGGAUGGAAACACUGGUCUCAUCAAUGGAAAAGUCUACUCAGGAAUUAAAGGAGAAGACGUCACAGUUAAAUGCUCCUUGUCUUCAUCUGGACAUUUAAAGAUCUUCUGUAAGGACAAAUGUGAAGCAGACGACGUCCUCAUUCAAACAACUGGUAACAGAGCAGAGACAGGCAGAUACAGCAUCAGAUAUGAAGGUGGAUUUGUUUCAGGAGGAGAUCUGUCUGUGACCAUCACUCAGCUGACCUCGUCUGACUCAGGACAGUACAGGUGUGGUCUGGGUGAAUUUCUAUCAACAGCUUCAUAUGAAGACGUAGAAAUCAUGGUUGCAGACGCACUGCUGAAUGAUCCUGCAGAGAAACCUCUCCUCUUUACAAGAACUGGAGGAAACCUCAGAGUUGCAUGUUCAUUUGCUUUAACUGGAAGUUUUAAGUUCCUCUGUAAGAACAAAUGUGAAGGAAAGAACAUUCUGGUUGUGACACAUGAAGACAAAGCUCAGAAAGACAAAUACAGCAUCAGAUAUUUAGAAAUAUCUGCUACCAAAGUAUUUCUUUUGGUGACCAUCACCCAGCUGACUGAGUCUGACUCAGGACUGUACAGGUGUAGUCUGGACAGAUCAUCACACAGAGACUUUACCAUCUCUGUCACAGACGCUCCGUCCACCUCAGAACCGAUCCUGGCUGUCCAACCUGUAACAUCAGCACCAUCAGCUUUAACUCAAACCACCGACCAGUCUGAUGGACAGACUCAGAGACCAGGUGGAUACAAAACUCUGGUCAUCACUCUGACUCUGGUCGUCAUCAUCAUCCUGCUGUCAGUUGCUGUGCUGAUAUUGUGCAGGAAGAGGGCGUCUAAAUCAAAGGAACCUCCUGUGGAAACAGAGUACGCUUCAGUCACCGAGCCCGGUCGAGUGUACGAGGAAAUCAGAGAGGAGGACAGACAGGGUGUAUCUUCAGUUUACAGUUAUGCCAAGUACACCCAACCAAACAGAGUGGAAAACAACGAUGAGUACAGCCUCGCUACUGUUCCCACCUCUGAGCACAAGGCUGAAGAUGACUCCAGUCAUCUCAGCUACACUGAGGUGGAUUUCUCCAACGGGACCACUGAGUCGUCCAGCAGCGCCCCUCGAGGUAACACCAGUGACGUAGUCUACUCUGAGCCUAAAGAGAGCUCUGAUGGCAGCCUCACCAAAGACAAUCCUCUGUACUCUGCUGUUACUGCUCAUCAGUGAUGACUUCAACACUGCUGCUGCUGCAUUUACUGCCUCAGUGACCAACAGGAAUCUGGCUGAAUGAGCAACUGUGAAAUGAAUGAAUGUAUAUCUCCACGUGUGCUGUUUUUAGCUGUUUACCUCUGCUUUUGCCAAGCUUAUCUUAUCGCAGUUAUUUAAGUAUUAUUAUCACAGUAAGUUAUUUUUGUUGAGGUUAAGAAAAAUCAUUUAUGUUUAAAGUUAUUGGAGGGGUCGUAGGAGUUCCAGCCUUUCAGUCCUUAUAACUGGACUUAGACUUGUGUCUGUACUCUUGGCAAGAGGUCAAACACAUUUCCAGUUGGUGUUGGGUUGUCCCUUGUCACAGAUCGUGUUUGUGAUUUUCAUGAACAGAAUCUCAAGGUGCAGUCAGGGGGUAAGGUGCAGUUCGGCAACUUCCUUCUCUGCUUUUUGCAGAUGAUGAGGUUCUGAGGCCAUGGUUCUCUGUCAGAAAAUGGCAAAUUUGUUCCCUUUGUGUUUGGAGCCAGUUUCUGCCUCAGGUGAAGGAGUUUAAGUAUCUCAGGGUCUUGCUCAUAGUGAGGAUAAAAUGGAGCUUGAGGCAGACUGGUGCAGCAUCUGUAAUAAUGUGGAUAUUGUGCUGGAACAUUGUAGUGAAGAGGGAGCUGAGCCUGAAGAAAAAGCUUUCAGUUCACUUGUUGAUCUACGUUUCAACCCUCUCCUGUGGUCAUGAACUCUGGGUAGUGACAGAAAGCAGCUCAGACAUCCGGAGGGGGCACAUUCAGUCUAAAAUAAAAUAAUGGACUCUACAUUGAAGUGCCACAUCUCAGUUUUAAUUUGAGCAGGUUUAUAUUAGUAUAGCCAGUAUUAUUUUGGUUGCGGUUAUAAUAAUAUAAAGAGUACGGUCUAGACCUGCUCUAUAUGAAAAGUGCCUUUAGAUCAUUUCUGUUGUGAUUCGGUGAUAUGUAAAUAAAACUGAAUUGAAUUGAAGUUAAGAACAAUUAUUUAUGUUUAAAGUUACUGGAGGGUUUGCCCAUGCAGCCUUCCUGGAGUUAGAGUUGUGUUCAUAUUCUCAGCAGUCAAACAUGCCUCCAGUUGGAGUUGGUCUCCAUCAGGGUUGUCCAUUGUCACUGAGCCUGUUUGUGAUUUUCAUUGGCAGAAUCUCAAGGUGCUGUCAGAGUGUUCGAUUUGGCUUCAGACUCACUUUUGAAGCUACAGUAUUUGAAGAUGAUGUAGUUCUGUUCGUUCCAUCAGACCUUCAGCAGGGAGAUAUCACCCUUCUAACACAGUGUCCUUCUACACAUCCCAGUGGUUGUUUAAUGAGUGAAACUUACAUGUUACUUUAACUAGCAAUCAGUCAGAGUUUUAUUGCUUCCUGAUUGAUGUGAAUCUCACUGACCUGUGAUCUGCAGAGGAGCCACUAGAGGUCACUGCUGGACUGACUGAGGACUGAAGCCAUGACUUUCACUGAGGUUUGUAUAUGAACCAGUUGACUGAUCCUUCUUUGAUAAAGCAUAAAUACAUGUUGUGGUCCAUGCUGAUGUGGAAACAGAAGCUUUGUGGUGUAUUUUACUAAACCUUUGUUGCUUCUAACUUUUCCUGUACUUUUGUUCAUUUUGUUUGAUGAUGCUUUGAUCAUAUAAGAUCAAAUAAUGAUUGUAUUUACUGCUCAACAGAUUAGCAAUGAAAAGGAUGGCAUGGCGGUGCAGUGGUUAGCACAAGGUUCUUGUUCUGUUUCUGGGUUUGAAGCUUUCUGUAUGGAGUUUGUAUCUCCCUGUGUCUGAAGGGAAUAGAUUUGUGUCAUAUAUUGCUGCCCAGCCAGGUUUGGCUUUUUUUUUCUUGUAUGAUAAGACACAGCUGACUAUACCUCUGUAAGUUGUGUGUAGAACUGUAGUAUUGUGUGUAGUACUGUAUAACUGUAGUGAAAGAGUGUGAAUAAUUGUCUACACUCAUUCCUUCGUGCAUUCAUAUUUUAUCUGUGAAAUGAACAAAAAUAGUUCAGAUUUCACAGUAAAUGGAUGAAAUUUACCACAAGGCAUCAAACACAUUUUCACAUCUUCACACUGAAGACCACAGUGCCACAAUAAUCUCCUGUACAUUGCAUAUCUGAGUGUGGGGUGACACUGUAAGAGGAAGAAGGAGAACAAUGAAAGAAGAAGAGAAAACUGCAGCAGAAGCAGGAAAGUAUGAGUUCUUGAGCUCCGGUUGAAUUAUGAGAAAAGAGGAUCUUUCAACAAAAAUGAAGGCAGACAUACAAAAAAUCUAAGGAAAUUAAUCAGACAUUUGUGUUUUUCAAAUGAAUUGCCUUCAUUCUUCUUCAGCUUUGGCUAAAAACAAAUAAACUUAAACCUAAUUCUAACCUGAACCCUACAACCAAGUCUCAACCCUCAAAAAUCACUAGGUACCAGCUGAAAUGUCCUCACAGUGAUGGUUUAAAACUAAAAUUUGUCUACAUAACCAUAGAAAAAGUGUCACACAUAAAUUCAGUUUUCAGUUUAUUAGAAACGCCUAGCUAAAAUAAAUGCAGUCGUGGGUACAGUUUCAGUUUCUUUUAAUCUAAAUUUAUUUGAUGGAAAAUUUCCCCACAGACUGCUAACAGCUCAGCUCUCAUAUGAUCCAUUUUACAGCCAACAGUGAAGGAGUUACUCAAAUCUGUGUUAAGGCUGAAAAUACUUGACAACAGUUGAUUUUGGUUUUGAGUAAAUCAGAGCAGAGACUUUUAGGAUCAGUGAUUGAGAAACAAAAAAACAAAACAAAACACAAAACCCCAAAAUUAAGGUACUGGCAGUUUCAAGUAUAUAUAUAUAUGUGAUUUCCCAUGCAGUACCACUUCAGCACACACAGCAGAUUUCUUUACAUACAUGCACAAAAAAACCCCCAAAAAAACCAGGAAAUGGUUUCGGGGGGUAUAUAUUCAGAGGGUAUAAACAGCAGACAGAUGCUAACUACACAUCAGAGAUGGAAAAAGUACUGACAAAAUGUACUCCUCGGCACCUCAGCACCUACGCUGCCAUCAUUGUGAUGUUCACGUACAGUAUUUUGCUUGACAGGGACUUUGAAUGCACUUGCAAACCAUUACACUCUGACUGUAAUUUAUACAUGGCUCUGCCGGUGUUCAUCAUAUUUGUCUUAAUACUCUGUACAGAUAAGUCAUUUCAGGCAAUCUUUAGAUACACAUGCUGCUGCGGCUGUCGAGACUGUUGUCACUUCUGGAGGUUUUUUGCGUCUAUCCUCUUCCACAUUUUCAAGGCAGCUCUUGUUGGUGGACUGUGGACUGCCUUUGUGCUCCUUGAUGGAGACUGGUAUGUUUGCUGUAUGAAUGAUCACUCUGAAAAACAGGCACAGUUAGCCUGUAAAGCAGUGAGGAACAUCACUGAUGAGGACCGAAUUAUCAUCGCUGAACUGAAAAAUGAGUCCAGGUUUAUUGGCUCCUUUGUGCUCUUUGGUAUCACACUUGCAGUGGGCAUGGCAGCAUUGUUUGGAGGGUGGAAAUGCUGUUACCAAGAAUUUCUGUUUGACAGUCUGAUUUUGGAAGAGGAGGGAGAAGUCAUUGAAGAGAUUUUGAGGACAUCAGCAAAAGAAAAGUUGACUGAAGGAGUUAAGAACAGAAUUCGUGCUGGCCAGUGGACAAAGAGUUACUUUGUUGCCAAAGAUCUGAUUAAAAAUGCUGCUACACCAACAAUUUCUGAACAAUGAGGAGCAACAACAACAGCAAGUGGCCUGAGCAACAUAGAGCCAGGUAAUGAAUCAACAGCUGCAAAUGAGUUUUUACCUUCAGUUUCUUUUGUUUGCCUCAAGGUCUAAAGGACAGAAAGACAUAUGUAUUAGAUUCUGGCUGGCAGUAGUUGUUUUUUUUUUAUCAGCAGUUUCUUAGACAUUUUGUAGCAUCACUCUAUUGUUGUUAUGUAUUUCAGCAAAAAGAGGUGCUCUGACUCUGUUAUUGUAACAAUAGAAGCCAUGUAAAGCAUAGAGCUGCAGCAUGAACUGAUUAACUGACACCAGAUCUAAGAUAUUUGAUGACUAUGGCUACAUUGCUGUACAAGAAACGUACUGUUUGUUUAAAGCUGGUAUUACGAAGUAAAGGUAAUAAUGUGACCAUCUAUUCUUUAUAGUCAUAGGAGACAGAACAACCUCAACAUUUUGUCUUUACCCUCCUAUCUAUACAGGAAUAAUGUCUCACGUGUAGAUAGACAUCUGCUGCUUCAGAUACAUCAAAAUUCAUUGUUUCUUUGGUCACAUUUUAACAGAAUUAAGGUGAUUUGAGAUGAAGAUGAGUUUCCAGCUCUACAUAUACUGAACAAGCUGAUCAUAUGAAAUUAUUUCAUUUUUAACCUUUGAAUGUAAUCAUUUAAUUAUCAUAAUAAUUAAAGAGACAGCAUUAAGAAUUAGUAAUCUAUUCUUAUGUUCAAGCUUAAUUUUUUUUUCUGUGGUAAUAACUCAAUUGUAUUAUUGUGUUUGAAUUUGUUUUGUAUACCCAUUCAGGUUUGUAAAGAUUUAUUAUGUUACUUCUAUGUUGCAACAGUCACGGCUGCACUUGUUGAAAAUUAAUUAAUUCUGCAAAUAAAACUUUGAUUUCA